AAUAUUGAGAAUAACUUGGCCGGGUUAGUGGAUUUGGUUCCCGAUCUGGCAGAUGAUUUGCUAUCGCAGGUAGAUAGGCCAUUGAAGACGGGUCUUGAUAAAGAACAUAACAGGCAAUACAUCUUGUGUGACUACAACAGUGACGGUGAUUCGUUCCGAUCACCGUGGUCUAACACGUACGAUCCCCCGCUCGAGGAUGGAAUUGAGCCUUCCGUUAAACUUCGGUAG